AUGGGCAAUGUCUGCUGCUGCUUUUCUGAGCCCGUCGACUUCGAAGGCGAAGUCAAUCUCUACCAUUUCGACCUCCACCGGGCUGUAGGUAAAGGUGCCUUUGGCAAGGUCAGAGUUGUGGAGCACAAACGAACCAAGAAGCUUUACGCCCUCAAAUACAUCGAUAAGUCACGGUGUAUAAAGCAAAAGGCCGUCGCGAAUAUUAUACAAGAGCGUAGGCUACUGGAAGAGAUCGACCAUCCGUUCAUCGUCAACCUGCGAUACGCGUUCCAAGAUGAUGAAAACUGUUUCUUUGUGUUGGACCUCAUGCUCGGCGGAGACUUGCGAUUUCAUCUUGAGCGCAAGGGUCAGAUACAAGAGGAUGUAGUGCGGUUCUGGAUGGCCGAGUUGUCAUCAGCCCUAGAAUAUCUCCACCAGCAACGGAUUAUUCAUAGGGAUAUCAAGCCCGACAAUAUACUUUUGGAUGCUAUGGGUCACGCCCAUCUUACAGACUUCAACGUCGCAGUACACUACUCUGAGCGCCGGCUCCAUCAUUCGGUGGCUGGUAGUAUGGCGUACAUGGCUCCGGAGGUUGUCAGUCGCAAGGGAUACUCCUGGUCAGUAGACUGGUGGAGCCUGGGAGUUACAGCCUACGAGUUACUCUUCCACAAACGCCCGUUUGACGGUCGCACUGCUGAGCUCAUGCGCAACUCUAUCCUUUCGGAUCCCAUUAAGUUCCCCGAGUCGGCGUCUUCGAAGUGCAGUGACACAGGAAUAUCUUUUGUAAAAUCGCUCUUGGACCGAAACGUCAGUAGCAGACUUGGCUGCCGGUCGAACGGCCGCGGAAUGGAAGAUAUUCGACGGCACCCUUGGUUCUCUUCCAUCGAAUGGGAUGCACUAGAGAACAAAGACUCUCAGCCUGCCUUUGUUCCUGAUGACGGUAUUAAGAUGAAGCAAGCCAAUUUUGAUGUGUCUCACGAGCUUGACGAAUUCUUGAUGGUCGAGAAACCUUUGACACACACCAAACGCAAGGCUAAUGCUGACCUGGACAAACUCCGGCCUGAAUUACGGCAACUGGAGGAACAGUUCACUGUGUACGAUUUUUCGCGUUCGAAACGGUUAUCGUACUACCCCCACAACCAACCAAUUGCGGUUGGUACAGAUUCAGAAGGCAGCGACCCAACAGUGGGACACUCAACUACCAACACACUGAUCCCAACUGCUACAAUCGCCGAGCGAUCGUUGGCCGGUACUCCGGUGCUUGAUUCAAUAGCACGAGGACAUUCAAUAUCAAUGUCCCGGCCCAUGCCACAGCCGCCACCACCUAUACAUGUCUCCGGUUCCUGA